GGAAAUUGUCAAGGACUCAAUCACAAAACUUCCUCUUCCUCCUUUUGGGGAGGUGUUGUGGUUGUAAACAGAUGGUAUAAAAGGAGGUUUGAAACUGGUGGAAUGGCAUCUUCUGAUCAUCAUGGACGAAAUUACUAGAAGAAAUGCCUAUCGCUUCGUUGCCUACUCGGCUGUCACCUUCUCAGUGGUAGCGGUUUUCUCGCUCUGCAUCACCCUGCCUAUGGUCUACAACUAUGUGCAUGGUAUCAAGUCGCAGAUCAACCACCAAAUCUCGUUCUGCAAGCACUCGGCUCGCGAUAUCUUCUCCGAGGUGAACCAUAUUCGCGCCAGCCCGAAUAACGCCACCCUCCGCGAGAAGCGUCAAGCUGGAGACUGCUCGGGAUGUUGCCUUCCUGGAGCAGCGGGACCUGCUGGUACACCAGGAAAGCCUGGACGUCCGGGACGCCCAGGAGCAGCUGGCCUUCCAGGAAACCCUGGCCGUCCGCCAGCACAGCCGUGUGACCCAAUCACCCCACCACCAUGCCGCCCAUGCCCACAAGGACCACCAGGAGCCCCAGGAAGCCCAGGACCACAGGGAGACGCCGGAGCACCAGGGCAGCCAGGAUUUGGAAGCGGAUUUGGAGCCCCAGGACCAGCUGGACCAAAGGGACAACGUGGAGCCCCAGGACACCCAGGACAAGCUGGAGCUCCAGGACAGCCAGGAGUCGAUGCUCAAUCUCAAUCCACGCCAGGAGCGCCAGGACAAGCCGGACCACAAGGACCGCCAGGAUCAUCCGGAGCACCAGGAGCCCCAGGAGGACCAGGAUUCCCAGGAGCGCCAGGAUCAAAGGGACCAUCCGGAGCUCCAGGACAACCUGGAGCCAACGGAAACCCAGGAGCACCAGGACAGCCAGGACAAUCCGGUGGAUCCGGAGAACGUGGAAUCUGUCCAAAGUAUUGCGCCAUCGAUGGAGGAGUCUUCUUCGACGAUGGAUCCUUCCGCAGACGUUAAUUUUUACUCAGAUUUGUGGAUUUAUUUUUAAUACAAUAGUAAUAAAAUAGUUCUGCAAUCC